AGAAGAAACUCAAUAUAGUUUAACUCCCGGUUGUUUUAGUUUGUUGUUAUUAUAUCAAAUUAUAUAUACAAGAGCUAAUCAGUGAAUUUACUAUAAAGCGAAAUCGUUUUGUUUGUAACAAAAGAGGUGAAUUCAAUUUUGUAAUCUCCUUGAAACAUCCAAAAGUAAGUAAAAACAUAAACAUUGUUUAGUGUUUUUAAAGUCUUUAAAAAUACGCAAUAUAUUUGUUUGAUGUUGAAAAUUAUACGGUAUUUACUUGGAAAUUACAUAUUGAAUCUAAUAGAGAGCUCAAAUAUAACCUUACACUUAGACCAUACUCUAUUUUGUAAUGGAAAAUGGUAGUACAAAGAAAAAGGCACAUUUGCCAGUAUCUCGUAUAAAUACCAUCAUGAAAAGCUCGUCUGAUGUCGAUACAGUAGAUAAAGAAUCUUCGUUAUUAAUGUGUAAAGCGACAGAAUUAUUUAUAAGAACUCUAGCAUUAGAAGGUUAUAAUAAUGCGAAUCGAGCUAAAAAACUUGAUUACAAACACCUCGCAGAAGUUGUCCACGUCGAUGAAAAAUAUAAUUUUCUAAGAGAUAUCAUGCCGAAAAAAAUAACAGUUUUAGAGUACAAGAAUAUAAUGGCUAGAAAAGAAGCAAUAGAAAAUGAUGUAAAAAAAGAGGAAGCAACUUCUAGUGAUUCGUCAGAUGACGAGGAAGACUCCAGCUCGGGAAGCGACGAUAGUAGUGCUAGUGCUUGAAUUUUUUUAAUUAUUGUAAAUAAAAUAAUUUUUCUUUAAUAA